CACCAUAUAUACCUAUUUCAUUUUUCACUGUCUGUUGCUUUGGCAGUGUCUCAUUUUCUUCCACCAAGUGUGUCUUGUCCUCUUCUUCCUCCUCCCGAUAGGUUGUGAGCAACAAAACACGCCAAGAUGUCUGAGAAAAAGAUGACUUCCAGCCGCAGGCAUCACCUGAAGAGUCUGAUCCUGCAGAUUGCUCUGAACUGGCUCGAGCAGGAGAAAAAGGACGGUGAAGCAGCCAAGGAGGCAUACAUGGCUGAAAACUGCCCUGCUCCAGACAUGAGCGGAGACCAGGCCGCUCUGAUGGAACUGUGCAAGAAGAUGCAGGCCACCAUUGACAAGAUUGAUGAGGAGAGGUACGACGUUGAGGCCAAAGUGCAGAAGGCAGACAAAGAAAUUGAAGACCUGAAGAUCAAAGUUGUGGACCUGAGAGGAGUGAAGAAACCCGCCCUGAAGAAAGUACGUAUGUCUGCUGACACCAUGCUGCAGGCUCUGCUGGGCUCCAAACACAAGGUGACCAUGGACCUGAGGUCCAACCUGAAGCAGGUCAAGAAGGAGGUGAAAGAGGAGAACACAGAGGCAGGUGACUGGCGUAAGAACAUUGAGGACAAAGCCGACAGGAAGAAGAUGUUUGAGGCCUCCUAAGCGCAUUGCUACUGCUUGUCUUUCUGUUUACAUGAACUCCACGUGUCUUAUGUGUGUUGGUUGAAGGAGGCAAUUGCUUUAUGUGUCACGGGACUGAACAGCAUGUUAGCGUGUCUGAAAGGAGGUGCUCUGCAGGACCCUUUUAAUGUUGUUGUUUUGAACUUUGUUUUAGUCUGAAGGGAGGGGGAGGAAUGUGGAGAGUUUCUACCUCUCCACACACCAACACAGUCUUUUAAGUCAGGGAAACAUUCACACAAAAUGAACCAUGUUGAAGUAACGCAAUAAAGUCAAAUGUGGAAGAAAAUAA